UUCUUCAAUGAUAUUUCAACCCCCCUUCAAUCCAUGAUACCUUCUCAACUGUACACAGCCAUGCCACAACUUCGCAUCAUAAACUUUCUUAUGAACUCCUUGUCGGGUAGCAUCCCCACUGAGAUGGGCUUGAUCUCAGACCUGAAGUGGUUGGCAUUCGACUUCAACAUCUUUCUCACUGGCACGCUGCCAUCUGAACUUGGGCUCCUGACAAAAUUGACGCGCCUGUCUCUGUCAGUGAACUCAUUGUCCUCGACCAUUCCUUCGGAACUGGGCGCAUGACUUCACUUGUUGCCUUGGAUCUGGACUCGUUAUCCCUCACUGGCGCCAUACCAAGAGAGAUCGGGUGGCUCUCGAACCUUGAAGGGCUGGGCUUGAACAACAAUGCCCUGUCUUCCAGCUUGCCAACGGAACUUGGGUUGCUGACAAAAUUGUAUUGGUCUUUCAACUUGUACCGAAAUGCACUGACAGGGUCUAUACCCAGUCACUUUGGGCAAUUUACAAACUUGCAAAGCUUCAAGGUCCAUGACAACUUCUUGUCUGGCAGCUUGCCGUCUGAGAUUGGCCUCUUGGCAACACUGGAGUACUUGGAUGUGGGAAGCAACCAAUUGUCUGGUAGUCUGCCCAGCCACCUGGGCUUGCUUACUGGCCUGAAAUGGCUGGAAUGUGCAGACAACUCAUUGUCUUCCGCCAUCCCAUCCGAGAUUGCUGGCUUGACAAGUCUGGAACGCCUAGACCUUGCCAGCAAUCAGUUAAGGGAUGCAUUACCAUCAACCCUGGGGUUAUUGGCCAAGCUGGAAUGGAUGGAUCUUAGCAGCAAUGUUCUAUCCUCGGUCCUUCCUGGAGAGCUGGGUAUGCUGGAUAGUCUCAAGGAGCUCUUCUUGGACUCGAAUCAGUUUACAGGCUCUGUACCUUUUGACUGGAGUGGCAUGACUGCAUUGAGAGUCCUGGGUCUUUCAGACCUGCCCCUUCUCAGUGGCUCCCUUCCAGUGGAGCUUGGCUGGAUGGCAUCCAUGUACAAUCUUUCUUGGCUGAACAUGAGUGCCACCAGUAACUUGCAUGGAGUCCUUCCAGAAGACCUGUGUCAUCUGGCAAAUAAUGAGGCCUGCAACUACACUCUUUCGGGAAGUCCCUUUGAAAACCCCAAGGACUGUGUGCUCGAAUUCGAUUGUACGGAGAGCUUGUGUGGAUGUGAUUGCAACUGUACUGCAGUUGUCUAGCUACGACGUUUAAACGUAGUAGAGACGGGCAGUCUGUGGAUAGUUUGUCCCAAAAGGAGAGCUUUUACAGUACGAGUAUGCUCGAAGCCAGGGUGGAUGGAGGGUGUUAACUCUUCGAGUAGUCUUUGAAUGAAAGAAUUAGAUCCUGAAUACAUAGAUUUAAAGGGCAAAUUUUCAAUCC